CCCCGGAACUAGGGGCAUCAGAUGUUUUAUAUUCAAUCGUACAUGACAUUACGCAGUGGUGUACGGCGUGAACGCCCUUCCGACUGAUUUCAACUCACUCCAACACUUCUGACUGGAUUUCACCAUCGACUGCUGUCAAAGCUCAGAUCAAUUCGCAAUAAUCAAUUGAAAAUCCAACGGGCAGGCCAUCUCCAUCCAGUUUCAACACGGAAACACGUCGGGCACUGGAGGCUCGACACUCAGACUUGAACUUGAAAUAGCGGGAAAAAAGCAGACAUGCCAGCACCAACAACAGCGGCAGAUCCUGCCGAGGGUGGUGGUCCACCUCGUACGGAACUCCAGGAGUUACAGCUCAAGGCCGGCCAAGUGACCGAUGAAUCCUUGGAAAGUACACGGCGUAUGCUGGCAUUAUGCGAGGAGAGCCACGAGGUCGGGAUGAAAACUCUCGUUAUGCUGGACGAACAAGGCGAGCAAUUGGACCGAAUCGAAGAGGGCAUGGAUCAAAUAAAUGCUGAUAUGCGUGAAGCUGAGAAAAAUCUCACGGGGAUGGAGAAAUGCUGUGGACUCUGUGUUCUACCUUGCAACAAAGGGGCCAGCUUUAAGGAGGACGAGGGUACGUGGAAGGGCAACGACGAUGGAAAAGUCGUCAACAACCAGCCCCAGCGUGUCAUGGAUGAUCGCAAUGGUCUUGGCCCUCAGGGUGGCUACAUUGCUAAAAUCACUAAUGACGCCCGAGAAACGGAGAUGGAGGACAACAUGGGACAGGUCAACACAAUGAUCGGAAAUUUGAGGAACAUGGCCAUCGAUAUGGGUAGUGAACUCGAAAAUCAGAAUCGACAAAUUGAUAGGAUCAAUCGCAAAGGAGAGUCCAACGAGACUCGAAUACAGGUUGCGAACGAGCGGGCACAUCAACUCCUCAAAUAAAUUGUCUCAGCCUAGCCUAUAUUUUCCUUGAAUUUAUUGGAUCGUUUAAUUCUCCCCAUGCCCCAAAAUCCUCGUUGAGUCUAGAUUUUUUUCCUAAAAUUAACGCAGAGAGAAAAACCGAGAUGAUAAUAAUUAAUUGAAUUAUCUCUCUGCACUCUUUCAACGCUUAACCGCAUCAUUGAGACCAUUUUACAUUCUAAUUAGACGGUCGACGUUAAAAUAAUUCGUUGUGCAAUUGAAAUUUUUAAUUACUUAGUAAUUGGCUAGAUUUUGACACUGAUGUGGUGAGCGGAUAUUUUAUUCCAACAAUUGAGACGACAAAUUGACAAAUUAAAUAAAUCUAUAUACUAUUUCAGAGAAAUCCAUUAUCUUUUGAAAAAAUUCCAAUUAUCAAAUUUAUUGUUGCAAUGAAUGCUAAUUAACCACAUAGCGAUUGAUAGACGAACCAUUUUAUUUAUUAAUGUUAUCGGAGAAAAUCAUUUAAAAAAUAUUCAAUGGCUUGUUACACUACAUAUUACCAUGCCACAAUUUAAAAAAAAACCAAUAAAAAGUUGAAAAAAAUAUAGUGCACAAAAAUUUGGGAUAUUUACGCCCGGUUGACUAAAUACAUAAUUAGGUAAAUGAGUGAUAAGUGCAGAGGCUGAGAGAAGAUUAAAGAUUGUUUGGAAGAAAUUACGAUUGGCGUUUGGUAAAAAAAUAUUCCUAAAUUCUCAUUGAAAGCAAAAUUUGUUGAUUCCUCUAGGGAGGAAAAUGUAAUUGUUAUAGUUAUUCUGUUCUUCAUGUCCAUAAUGAACAUUCCAUCGAUCAUAUUCUAGAUAUUUUCAGUCGAUACCGGAGGGAGGAUUGUUUUUUUUUUUCUUUACGAGCGAAAAAGAGAAGUAAUGGAAACGGCGCUACAUAGACUUCAUAUUAAUUGGCCUGUCCUCACAUGAACUGCAAAAACGAAACUGUCAAACAGAUAAAAUAAGAGUACGUGAUAAGGAGCAAUAUACGAAUGAGUACCUGUCCUGCGCAAGUCGUAUAGGAUGCUUUUUCUUUCAAAAACCCAAAAUUUGGAGCGCGACACCAUAUCGUGAAAGAAAACCCCAUGGGAAAGAAUGUGCACUUGGUUUUGUACAAGUAAAAUGCAAAGAAAAUAGAGAACUGUCGAUGACAUGUGAUGAAUCAUUCAUAUCAAGCACAUGUGACCAGAGCAACAGCAUCGAUAAUUUUUCUCCCUAUUUGUUUAGCCAUCACAGGGAACAUUGUGAAUAUUUGUAGAUAUUGAACAAAAAAAAAUGUGAAAAGAUGAGAUUUGAAUCUAAUCUGAAUAAAACCAUUCCUAGAGUUUAAUAUGAUAUAUAUGAAAAUUAUUGAAUGAAAAGAGGAAAAGAGAGUUCAAUUUUGCGUGCGGAUGAUAAAUGAAUUCAAGUGCUGUGCACGGUUUGAAUAAAUCAUUAUUUCGUGGUAUUUUGGGUUUUUUAGGUGAACAAUUUUUUAAGAUCCAAAAUAGUUAUUUAGAAUAUUGUACUUAUGAGGAACACGAAAAUCUCAGAUAUUAUAUGUAUUAUAACUUCAUUGCAGUCAAAGGCAAGAUUUAUUAUGGUUGCUUAUGUACUUAAGUUUCGGAUUAUAAUAAAAUAUGAGCAAUAGAUAACA